AUGGAGGGCGGCGGCGGGUCGGUGGCGCUGUCGGAUGAUACCAAGAAGCGCGUGGCGGCAGCUAAGAGCUACAUUGAGAAUAUGUACAAGGUGCAGCACCAGAACAUCCAGGAGAGAUACGCCAGGCGCGUGACUGUGUACGCGAUCCUCCUGGCAGGGCAGGGCCGUGGUGGCUCCCGGACCACCCAGCUGCGGCUGCCGGGGCGCCUCGCGCAGGCGCGCUGCCUCGCAGCAGCCAGCAGCUGA